AUGGCCAUGGGACGACUUCCCGUCUGCAUCAUCGCUACGAGAGUCGGGUCUCUGUCGUUGCAGCAGCACAUUCAUACACAGGAGGCAGGGAUGAGGGAGAGAGAGGAGCUGAGGAGAGCCAUAGAGCAGAGUGACCGACUCCUCUCCAAGGUCCGGGAGCUGGAGGAGCAGAACACUCAGCUCAGCAAAGAAAAGAAUGAGGUGGCCACUAAAUACCGAGCUGAGCAGGAGGGAGCCCAGGUGUCCGAACAGCGCUGUGUCCAGCUGGAGAAGUCCCGGCGUGAGCUGGAGCGGCAGCUGUCAGGUCUGUCAGACCGUCUGGAAGAGGAGGAGGCCUGCUCAGCCCAGCUGGUCCUCCACAGGGACAGGCUGGAGACUGAGUGCAGCAGCCUCAGACGAGACCUGGAUGAACUGGAGAGUGCUCUGACUGCGGCUGAGCAGGAGAAACAGUCAUCAGACAGUGCGGUGAGGAGGCUGUCGGAGCAGCUUUUUCAGCAGGACGAAGUGGUGCAGAAGCUCCAGAAGGAGAAAGAACAUCUGGUGGAGCUCAGUCAGCAGGCCAUUGAGGACCUGCAGAGCGAAGAGGAGAAAGUGAACCUACUGACCAAAGAGAAAACCAAGCUACAGAUGCAAGCUGAGAAUUUGGAGUACCAGCUGGAGCAGGAGCACCGUCAGCGUGGCGAGCUGGAGAAGAGCAGAAGGAAGCUGGAAGGUGACAGCAGAUUUACUCAGGAUAGUCUGGGAGCGAUGGAGAAGAUGAGGAGUAGUCUGGAAGACCUCAUCAAAAGGAAAGAUCUGGAGAUCAGCAGUACUAGCUCCAAAUUGGAAGCAGAGGAGGCCAUCAACACUGGACUCCAGAGGAAAAGCAAGGAUUUACAGGCCCGCAUUGAGGAGCUGGAGGAGGAGCUGGAAGCAGAGCGGACCAUGAGAGCCAAGGUGGAGAAGCAGAGAGCAGAUCUAACCAGAGAACUGGAUGAUCUCACUGACCGACUGGAGGAAGCAGGAGGAGUCACCGCCUCACAGAUGGAGGUGAACAAGAAGCGAGAAGCUGAGCUACAGCGUCUCAGGAGAGACCUGGAGGAGUCUUCUGUCCAGUCUGAAGCUCUGGCUGCGUCUCUGAGGAAGCGGCACACGGAUGCCAUGGCAGAGCUGAGCGAGCAGUGUGAGGCUCUGCAGCGGGCCAGAGCCAAGCUGGAGAAGGACAAGCAGAACCUGAGGAUGGAGGUGGACGAGCUGGCCGCGUCACUGGACAGUCUGCAGAAAGCUAAGAUGUCCUCGGACAGCCAGAUGAAGAAGCUGGAGGAACAGUUGUCGGAAGCCAACAGGAGAGGAGACGACUUGCAGAGGACGCUCACUGAUCUCAGUGUGGCCAAGAACAGACUCACAGCUGAUAACGCAGAUGUAAGUCGACAGAUGGAGGAGGCAGAGAGCAGAGCCAGUCAGCUGACGCGCUCCAAAACUCUGCUCCAAACCCAACUGGAGGAGCUGAAGAAACAACUGGACGAGGAGGUGAAGUGUAAGCAGGUGGUCAGCAGCAGUCUGAGCUCAGUGCGGCAGGAGUGUGAGGUUCUGAAGGAGCAGCUGGAGGAGGAGCAGGAGAGCAAGCAGGAGCUGCAGCGCCUCGUCUCCAAACUCAACAGUGAGGUCACGCACUGGAAGACCAAACACGAGUCUGACACCAUCCAGCAUGCUGAUGAGCUGGAAGAAACCAAGAAGAAGCUGGCAACCAGGCUCCAGGAGGCUGAGGAGGCCGUGGAAGCCACCCAGGCCAAAUGUUCCUCACUGGAGAAAACUAAACAGAGGCUGCAGGGUGAGGUGGAGGAGCUCUGCAUGGACCUGGAGAAGGCCAGCAGCUGCGGUCAAGCUCUGGAUAAGAAGCAACGGGUCCUGGAGAAGCAGCUUGGAGACUGGAAGCUGAAGUGUGAGGAGCUGGUGGCUGAGGUGGAGGGCUGCCAGAAGGAGAGCAGGCAACAUGCCAGCGAGCUCUUCAAACUCAAGACAGCACAUGAAGAGUCUCUGGAGCAGCUGGAGGCUCUACGCAGGGAGAACAAGGCCUACCAGGAGGAGGUAGCUGACCUUACAGACCAGCUGUCAGAUGGAGGUAAGAGUGUCCAUGAGCUUCAGAAAGCAAAGAAGAAGAUUGAGAUGGAGAAAGAAGAGUUACAGGCCUCACUGGAGGAAUCUGAAGCAGCUUUGGAGGCCGAGGAGACCAAGGUGCUGAGGCUGCAGCUGGAGUUGUCUCAGGCUAAAGGAGACCUGGAGCGCAGACUGCAAGAGAAGGAAGAAGAGACUGAGGCUUCUAGAAAAAGCCACCAGAGGGCAUUAGAGUCCCUGCAGGCCAGUCUGGAUGUGGAGGUGAAAGGCAGAGCAGAGGGACUGAAGCUGAAGAAGAAACUGGAAGCCGACAUCAAUGAGCUGGAGCUGCAGGCAGACCUGCUCACCAAGAACAACGCAGAGCUCGGCAAGAACAGCAAGAAGAUGCAGCAGCAGAUCAAGGAGCUGCAGGCUCAGCUGGAGGAGGAGGUGCGGAGCCACGAGGAGCGCAGGGAGGAGCAGGCAGCUGUGGAACGACGCUGUGGGCUAUUGGUCAGCGAGGGGGAAGAGACUCGUGCAGCCCUGGAGAGCGCAGAGAGGGCCCGCAAGACCCUGGAGACCGAGCUGCUGGAGGCUAAUGAGAAAUACAGUGACCUCAACAACCAGUUCCAGUCGGCUCUGAGUGGGAGGAGGAAGCUGGAGGUGGAUCUGCAGACUCUGCAGCAGGAGCAUGAGGAGCUACAGGGAGAGCUGAGAGAAUCCACAGACAAGGCCAAGAAGGCCAGCUGUGAGUUGGCACGAGUGGGGGAGGAGCUGCGUCUGGAGCAGGAGCACACACUCCACCUGGAGAGGGUGAAGAAAGGUCUAGAGGCUCAGAUCAAAGACAUGAGCAGCAGGCUGGAUGAGGCCGAGCAGAUGGCUCUGAAAGGAGGAAAGAAGAUCAUCCAGAAGUUGGAGGGAAAGGUGAAGGAGCUGGAGCUGGAGCUGGACUCGGAGCAGAAGCGGCACGCUGAGACGGUGAAGACGCUGCGGAAGAAUGAGCGUCGGCUGAAGGAGCUGCUGUUCCAGUCGGAGGAGGACCAGAAGAACCAGCAGAGGAUGCAGGAGCUGGUGGAGAGGCUACAGAACAAGAUGAGGGCCUACAAGAGACAAGUGGAGGAGGCCGAGGAACAAGCUAACAUGAACCUGGCGAAGUACAGGAAGACGGUCCACGAGCUGGAUGAUGCUGAGGAGCGGGCUGACAUCGCUGAGUCAGCACUCACCAAGAUCAGGACCAAGAACAGAGGCAGCUUCGGCAAGGGAUACUCCUCAGGUUACAGCACGCCGUACCCCGGCCUGGUUAGAUCUCCCAGCUCAGUGGGCUCGGAGGGCAGAGGGGAGAAGAUCCUCAACGAUGACAACGAGUCCGUCAGCUCCCUCAUCCCGGCCUAUCUCAACUCCCUCAAGAAGCUCAUGAUUGAUUAG